AUGUUUGAUGGCUAUAGUUAAUUGUUAAGUAUCAUGGUCAUUUACAUUUAUUGGUUUAAGUGCAAUUUGCGUAUGGCAAUCUUUUACAAUGUAUGCAACAUCUACAAAUAAAGUUAUUAUUUGGAAUGCUGCUUAGAAAGUAAGUAGAAUGAUAUAUUAGAUAGACAAUGAUAAUAAUGGGAUAUGUGCAAUUAAGUUUAAUUCUUAAGAACUAAUUUUGACAAAAGUGCUUUAGUUUUUUUUCUUCUUUACAUUUCAAUUAAUCUUCUUGAUUUUUGGAAUAAUUGAUUCUAUGAAGAUUAUAUCAUUCUUGGAGAAGUGAU